GCGAAGGGUGUGUCGGAGUGGGAGUCGUUGGCGAUUUUUGAGCGGUGCGACAGAAAGGGAAACUGAGUCCUGGGGGUGAAGAACAGGCUCUACGGCCCGUGGGGCUUUCCCCGGCCCCCGCAUUCGUGGACUUUGUGCCUGGUUGCGCAAAGCGAGAAAACUGAGGCUGUGGGAGGAGGCGGGUUCGUCGCGAACGGUGGUUCCGGGUGGUGAACCAGCAUGAUGCCCUGUCGUUAUUAUACAGGCGGAACACGGGCAAUGAAAGUAAUUUAUAGUAGAAGAAUAUGCCCUUCACUUUGCAAAAGCUGAAACAGGAUUACACCCAGAUCGUGUUUGUACCUAACUCAAACUGAGGUGUUCCCAGGAGCAGCCAUGUCCACCCUGUACCCAUCUCUGGAGGACCUGAAGUUGGACCAAGCCAUUCAGGCCCAGGCCAGAGCUGCACCCAGAAUGCCUGCCCUGCCAGUCUCCCAGUCUUCAGUUUUGUACCCAAGCCUGGCAGAAUUGGAAAAUUAUAUGGGUCUUUCCCUCUCCAGCCAAGAAGUCCAGCAGAACGGGCUUCAGAUUCCAGAAGGUGCUAGUACGGUGGGCUCUGGCUCCUCGCUGGGCCAGCUGGUGGCACCACUGUCUGGGAACAGCCUUGGCACACGGCGUGCGGAGAUCAAGCCCGGGGUGCGUGAGAUCCACCUGUGCAAGGAUGAGCAUGGCAAGACUGGGCUGCGGCUAAAGGCCAUUGACCAGGGGCUCUUCGUGCAGCUGGUGAAGGCCAACAGCCCUGCGUCUCUUGUGGGGCUGCACUUCGGGGAUCAGAUCCUGCAGAUCGACGGGCGUGAUUGUGCCGGGUGGAGCACGGACAGAGCCCACCGGGUGCUGAAGAGGGCAUCGGCCGAGAAGAUCGUCAUGGUCGCUCGGGACAGGCCCUUCCAGCGGACCAUCACCAUGCACAAGGACAGCAUGGGCCACAUCGGCUUUGUCAUCAAGAAGGGGAAGGUCAUCUCUGUGGUCCAAGGGAGUUCUGCGGCCCGCAACGGGCUCCUCACCAACCACACCGUGUGCGAGGUGAACGGGCAGAACGUCAUCGGGCUGAAGGUAGGCCAGCGGUUGUGCCCUGGCCCGGGGGCUGCAGUGGCUGAGAGCUUGCUGGGUGGACGGAAGGUUCAUGUCUGCAGGCGAGCUGCUGUCCCCAUCCGAGCCUCAGGUCCCUCAUCCUCCAGUUGCUGUGGGGGCUCACUAAGAUGAGGUAGGUAGAGCUCUGAGCACAGUGCCAAGCCCGUGGUAAGUGCUCAGUAAAUAUGAGCUACUGUCACCAACGUGUGGAGGCCAG